GGAAAUAUCUCCUUUCCUCCCCUUCUCCAAACGGCACACGCCCCCCGCGCCUCCGCUUUUGCGCUUUUUCCCAGCGUGGGGGUGGGGGGGUGCGCUCAGCGGAGGCGAUGGACACCGGCGAGCCGGCGGCGGCCGCGGGCGCGAGAAAGAGGGCGGCGCUGCUGCGGCAGAUCACGGAGGAGGGGGGCUUCGCGUUCGCGGCGUCCGCGGAGAAGGCGGCCGCUGGGGACCUGCGCGCGGCGGAGGCGGCGCGGGAGAUGGCGUGGGAGCAGCUGCACUCGGGGCCCUGGAGGGAGGUGGGCCCCGCGUGGAGGGACGCGUACGCGCUCGCGUGCCUCCACGUGGCGGGCCUCCGCGCCGGCGACGAUCGCCGCGGCGCGCUCCGGGCGCUCGACAUGGGCCUCAUCAUGGGCGGCGACCUCCUCCGCGCGGAGCUCGAGGAAGCCAUCUCGCUGGUCCCCGCCGGCGGAAACCGUGAUUCCGACGGCGACGGCGACGGCGCGGGAGACGCCGGCAGUGACGUGGAGAGGUGGGCGGAAGGACUCGGCAGGAACUUAAACCUCGCCGAUGCGCUCAAAGUUCUGCCUGUGAAAUCCCUAUCUUGUAAGCAAAUCGAGAGGCGGGCAUGCAUUUCUUUGGAGGCAUUUAUACAUGAUUACUUUUUACGCGAAUCCCCUGUUAUACUCAGUGGCUGCAUUGAUCAUUGGCCUGCGAGGACAAAGUGGAGGGACAUAACAUACCUAGAGAGGAUAGCUGGAGACCGCACCAUUCCUGUUGAGGUUGGGAAACAUUAUGUUUCUAACGAGUGGAGACAGGAUCUUAUCACAUUUUCUCAGUUUCUUGAGAGGAUGUGGUCACCUGACUGUUCUGCGAAUUUGACAUAUCUAGCACAGCAUCCAUUGUUUGACCAGAUCAAAGAGCUUCGUGAAGACAUAGUGAUUCCUGAGUACUGUUAUGCUGGUGGUGGGGAACUCCAAACACUCAAUGCUUGGUUCGGUCCUCAUGGGACAGUGACACCACUGCAUCAUGACCCACAUCACAACCUUUUUGCUCAGGUCUUGGGCAGGAAGUAUAUCAGACUCUAUCACCCUUCCAUCUCAGAGGAUUUGUACCCUCACACGGAUACAAUGCUAAGCAAUACUAGUCAGGUAGAUAUUGAUAACAUUGAUCUAAAGGAGUUCCCGAGGGCAGAAGGUCUUGAAUUCAUGGACAGCAUAUUGGAGGAAGGUGACCUCCUUUACAUUCCACCGAAAUGGUGGCAUUAUGUGAGAUCUCUUUCUAUUAGUUUCUCUGUUAGCUUUUGGUGGCGCGCGCCAGUUCAUCCAUGAAGUUUCUACCACCAGACGGUAGAAACUUUUAGAAGAACUUAAUUGAACCCAUGUUUCAUGAUACACUGUUGUGCCAUUUUGUGGGUACCCUUGCUACAUUGGCUGUAUGUCAUUAUUUGCGACAAUGAUUUAAACAUGUGACUGCUAGCGUAUUAAGUUAAUACUAGCAGAUAUCAGUGUAUGUCUUCUCAAUUUGAAUAUUCCUCUGUUGGCUUAAAUAUAAUCAAUAUUUUUUCUCUUUUUAAAA